GUGUACGAAUGCAAAGAACCCCUUUCCUCGCUGUUUCAAAAGGGAAAAACGUUAUAUUUUGUGAAUCAUUACUCCAGAACCCAUGAAAGAGUUGCAGCCUCUGACAUUUUUAAAGAAGACAAAUGUUCAAAUCUGAGGCUAGUUAUUUUGAAAGUCAUUGGAUUGUUAAGCAAGGGUAAAAAUGUUGUGGUUGACGAUGAAAACUGGUAUCUUGCCACUAGAGAAUCUUACACAAGUCUUGUCAAAAAAAAGGUACCAAACUGCACAUUUACAAUGGUUCAGUUCAUUACUGACGUUGUUUUGGGAUAUCAACAAUGUUUAUGGUCCCGAGAAUGGUCAUUGGUUGAACAAACUUUAUUGAGUAAAACUUCUCAUCUGUCAUGGCUGUCUGAAUCUGAUGAAAAACUUGAUUGUUGGUUUGCCAGACGAAGAAGUGAUCUAAAUCCUCCAGAAUCCCCAACAACAGCUGAAGGCUUUUCAAUUGUGACGGUUAAACCCCAGAUGACAUGCAGGUCAUCCUAUAAGUUCAAUCUCCCAGCACUCUUUGUUCAGUGGAAGUCAAUUUUAGCAGAUGGUCAAAAUGAGAAUCUUAAUUUCAACCAAACCAUCGCAGAGGUUUUAAACAAGUGGUCAGAAAAGUAUCCAUCAGGAAGAAUCAUUAUCAUUGGACCAAAGACAAAAAAUGAUAAAGACAUCAUGGAGGAAAAUAUUAAAACAUUGUUGUUACAAUUAGCAUCCCAGUUGAUCCAUCCAGUAUAUUUUACGUUUAUUGACGAGAAACAUCAGCCGGAUCAGUUCAGUAGAUUACCUCAGGCCGGAGUGAUCGCGUUCUUGCAGAAAUUGCACACAAUCCAUCUCUUUCAUAAGGGGACAAUAUACAUUUACUCAAGCGAUGAACAUUAUCGUGCCGCUAAUUCGGUUGGAAUUCGUACGAUCAAGGCUACAAAAUUGUUCAAACAUCCACACUUGAUUGACUCAAUUUACUGUGGCGAGAAGCCUACAACAUUGUCGUUUUUACAAAACGUUGUUCAAGUCAACUGCAGAUCUUCGUCUUGUGAGGAAAGGCAAGGAGAGGCCGUCGACGAAACCCUAGUUCCCUUCUUCUCUCGAGCACGCGAAAGUACAUCGCCAUUUGUGUGGAAAUAUUGUUAUGGGAAGGUCACUGGUGUCUGUUUUAAAAAUAAGCUGGCUUUGGAAAGAUAUCAGACGCAGUACAAGUUGGCGGCAAAACCCGCUCGCCCGCCCGGAAAAACGAAGCAAAAAACCUCAAAAACCAUUCGGGUACCUUCGACAUUUCCUCGCAAAACGUCGCCAGCUGCCGGAACAAGCGCUCCCCGGCCGGCGGCCGUGCAGAACCAGUCGGCUGAUAGCGAUGCCAAAGCCAUGGUUGGAAAUAUUGAUCUUCGCCAGGUGGCAGAGACGACCGGGCGAUAUCUUGGAGGAUUUCAGUGCAGAGAUAAUGUGUUUGACCUAAAUGUUGAAUGUUUGGAACGACGCUUGAAAAUAACCUGCAAAUGCAGUGGUUCAAGUAAACAACCUUACGACGUUCACGUUAUCCUGACUGAGUCUGUGGGUUUGCAAGAAGCUCGCUGCUCGUGUCCAGACUCUGCUGGCAAGACGGGCCGAUGUAAACACGUGAUAGGCUUGUUACUCAAGUAUAAAGAUAACCAACCAGCAAAUUCAGAACCAGCCAGUCGUGUUGAGUCUAGUAAAAGCAGUUCUUCCAAAAACCGUCGAGAUACCGAAAGCAACAGUACUUCAUCGAGCGGCAAAAAGCGCAAUGUUCAGACGCUGUAUUGUAUGAGCCAAGAAGAAUUCUUGGAAACGGCUAAAGAAGUUCUCAGAAAGCACGAACAAACUCAAACACAAGAACAAAGUUUGAUCGAAGAGCCCGACAAGAUCGAUGGAAAAACAGACAUUUCAGAUUGUCAACGAAAGGAAAGAUCAACACCGGUCGAUGUUGACCUUGAAGGCGAGAUCCUGAAGGAGACAUUGUUCUCUGCCAUAAAUCAAUCGGGAAAUGCACAUAAGAAACUGUGUCCCGAAAGGAUACCUAGUUUUGCCGAGGAAACACCGUCGGACAAACUGUCUGGCUCCGACCAAGGCAACGAUUUAGUCAUUGACCAUACAAUCGUGAUUCCAAGUAGCUUGGUACCGGAGACUGUAACUUUUGUUCCGGAAACAAUACGGUCCGUGUCCACGUCCUCGAGCCACGCGAGUUGCGAGGAACGUGUCGAGGAGACGAGGGGUCGUGGAAGGUUCGAAGUUGAUAGUUUUGAAGCAUUUUUAGAUGAGGUGAUUUAGAUGAGUAGAGAGGGUUUAAUCCGCUUGUGGACUCGAUUUAAUGAAGGGAUUAACCGUUCGGACACAUAAAUGCAAUUUCAAUAACCUUUAGCUGCGAUUCCUGGCCUGAAGGCGCGCUAAGUUCAACCAUUUCGCGGCAAGGUAUGAAAUGAAAUUUUGGAAAUAACUGAAAAACUGCUGAAAUCUUAAAUCCUAUGCAUUCACAAUCUCUUGUGCUAUUUUACAACAGACGAGACCUGUCCAUAGACUGUAUAUUAAUAUAUAU